UGUGUGGUAAUUGAAGGCGAUGACGACCAAACAAACUGUGAAGUAUGUGGUUUAAGUGAUAGAGAGGAUAGACUACUACUCUGUGAUGGCUGUGAUGCAGGGUACCAUAUGGAAUGUCUUAAUCCACCUCUUAAUUCUGUUCCUGUUGAAGAGUGGUUUUGUCCAGAAUGUGCUGCCAAUUCUACAGAGAGUGACAGUGGAAAUGUAACAGAGGAUGAAGUGACUGCUAUCUUAGCUGAAGAAUUUCCAAGUACUUCUAGACAUCUGAGAUCCAUAAGAACUCGUGCCAUUGCUAGGACUCGUCAGAGUGAGAGAGUCAGAGCAACUGUGAACCGAAAUAGAAUCAUACACGCACGGAGAAGUCGGAAUGGACCUAUUCGGCUGAUGGAAUCUUCUCUUCUUGAUGAAACAAUUGAAGCAGUUGUUGCUGGUCUAAACACAGUGGUGUAUGAGCGGCCACUGCAUCCAAGAGCAAGGACACAGAGGAAGAGACGGAAAACAAAAACAGGUAGAAGAAAGAAAAAAGGAAGAAAGAAGACUGCUACAGGUGUGAAGACAAAAGGCUGGAGAACUACAAAACGCAGGCGUCGAUUUAAGCGAAAGAAGAGAACAUUGGUAAAGACCAGUGUGACUCCACGUACCCGUAUUGCCAGGACUUUAGGUAUUAGUAAACCUCUGCAUGGAGUCUCAGUUCCAUCUGUGUAUAGAUCUGCUGAGUCAUCUUUGGGUUCACAAAGAGCAGAUAUUGCUGCACCUUCUUUAUCCGUUUUUGGAGAUCCAUUUGCUUUGGAGUCCUCUGAGAGUGAGGAGGAGCAGCCACAGCCAAUGAGAGCACUUUCUCCAUUAAGUAUGAAAAGAAGAUUGCUUUCUCAAUCAGCUUUGCGAUCCCACCAGCCUGUAGCUAGGCCAGUUUCAGUGGGAGUCUCAGGCAGAAGUCCUGUUGCUGCAGAGUCUGUUCAAGAGGAUCAAGCUGCUGCAGUUCCAGAUUUGUUGGGUAGUAUCCUUUCCGGUCAGAAUUUCCUUAUGAUGAAUAGCAAGGACAUUGUGAUUACCAGAGAUGGUUCCCUGAAACCGAAAUUACCAGUAACUUCAUUGUUGCAUCAAAGUACUUCCAGCGAUGCUAAGGAAGGAGAAGCCAUAAAAGAAACUUUGCAGCCAGGUUCCACAUGCUCUGGAGGAACUACUAGUAUUUUCAACACAGAACAUUCUAGACCUGUUUGCCUUAAUGGUCAUGCCGAGUCCAUCCAGUCUAAUACAUCUUGUUCCUCUGGUUUGUUGUCAUUACCUUCUGCAUCAAGGACAUCACUGCAUUCAUCCUGUUCUUCAAAUCCCAGUACGUUAUCAGGAAAAUUUUGCUUUAAACCACAAAGUUCAAACAUUCCACGACCUAGUUUGUCAAGAAGCUUGGUUGGUGUACACAGUCAUUGUCCUGAUUUGGCUGACCGUAGUAAAAGAACAAAUUGUUUCCAUCCUUCUGAACAUAAAAGUAAACAUUCAGCUUUGUCUUCAAAAGAUGGCGGCACACUGUCUUCCAGUGUUCUUUUGAAAACUCCACCAAAAAGACUGGAUAUAUCCGAUUUACCCAGGAUACCAAAGCUUAAAAAUAGAGGAAAUGGUACAGAUUCUGGACCUGGAAACACGAGGAAUAGUGACAUUCCUGAUUCCUGUAUAAGUAAACUUACAGGAAACAGAGAUGGAACUCCAGCUGGUUCAGUAGGAAAUAGCAAAAGCAAUGAUCAGCAGAGAGGCGCUAAUAGUAGUGGGAAUUCUGAUUCUACAGAUACAAGUACCUAUACCAGUUCAGUACCAGGCAGUUCACAAGGAGGUAGAGGAGGGAGCUUCUCUUUUCAGGGUUUCAAAAUAAAAAGGCCAGGAAUUUUAGAACAGCUUGGCAGACCUUAUUAUCUUCCUGUGUAUGAUCCAUUUAAAAAUAAAGACAAAGUACAGCAAAAAGCUAAGCCCAGACAGUCAUCAUUGUCUAAUAAGAAGGCAAGUACAUCAGGAGAAAUUUAUGAUCCCUUUAAUCCUACAGGCUCUGAUUCAAGCUCUCCUAGUAACAGUCCCCAGAGGGUUGAACCAUCAUCUACAGUGGCUGCAACAUCCAAGUUAACAUCUUCUGAAACUAAAAAGACUGACAGUACAGUGAAAGAUAAAAUAUUUGCUCCAAAACAUACAAAAUCAAGUAGCACUUCUGCAUCAUAUGGUGUCUCAGUAAAAAUGAGAUCAAUUGUUUCAGAACUGUAUGACAACAUGGGAGAUGAUGAUGUGGAUGGUUCUGAUGCUGAGCAAGAAAAACUGCAGCAGCAAGAUUCUAGGGCUUCAAGCUCAGCCAAUGUUAGAAUAAAACCCUUUGAAGAGAGUUUUAGUGCUGUAGAUGUCCAUGGAAUGUCAUUUGAUUCACGUCCUGUUGUGGAAGAAGGGAUUAAUAGUCGAAAUGAAACUGGGCCCAGUUUUCAGUUAGAUGAGGACUUUAUUAGAAAAGUAAAGAACAAAAUUAGUCAGAAAGCUUUUCGUUCUCGUUCUCGAUCAGGUUCAGUUUCUUCCAGUGGGAAGAAACACAAAAAACAAAAGAAAUCAGUUUUAAAAGAUAGUAAAAUGCCAAGAUCAAAAUCAAAGUCGCCGCCUCCAGUGUAUGGGGAGAAAGGUAAGAUUAAAAGAGACAGAAGCUGCUCAAGUGGCCGUUCGAGAUGUAGCAGUAAUGAAAAACAUAAGAAAAAAAAAACAAAAGCAAAAAGUAAGCAUAAAGAAAAACGAUCAAAACGCUCUCGUUCUAAAGAAAGGAGGAGAUCACGAUCUCGCUCUGUAAGUGUUAGUGGCUUUACAUCAGAGAAUUCUGAAGGUAAGAAAAAGAAAAAGAGGAGAUCAAGAUCAAGGGAGCAAUCUCCAUCUAGUAGUACAGAGAGAAAAAAAAAGAAGUCUAAAAGGGACCGAAGUCAUGACAGAUAUAACAAAUUCCAGGUUAAAUCAAAAGAAAGGAAACGUUCACGGUCCAGAACUAGGUCUCGCGAGAGAAAGAAACGCCAGUCUAGAUCCCGUUCCACAUCUCGACCUAGAGGCAGGAGGUCAAGAUCUCGAGAAAGGAAACUGAAAAGUAGAUCAAGAUCUAGAGAUAGGAAGGGAGCAAAAUUUCAAGAUAAGUCACAUUAUUAUGAAAAGAAACGAGAGGUUAGUUAUCGAAGCAGGUCAAGGUCACGAGACAGAAAGGCAUUUGUAACUAGAGAAAAAUCGCUGUCUCCUGAAAGAAAAAGAAAGGAAAAUUAUUCAGUGGACCAGUCUUGGUCAAAAGAAAAAAUUACAUCUGUUAAAGAAAAAUCACUAUCCCCUGAAAGACGGGAGAGUACGUCAAGAAACAGAUCAAAGUCUAAAGAUAGAAAGGGUCUAAGUAUGUGGGAAAAGUCACCUUCUCCUGAAGCAAAACAAAUAGAAUAUUCUUUCAAAAUCCGGUCAAGAUCAAAGGAGAGGAAAGAAAUUGCUAAGGAGAAGUCUCAGUCACCUGAAAAAAAAGCAAGAGAAGUUUUGUUAAGAAGCAGAGCACCAAGAGAAAGGAGGGAGUUGGGAAGCAGAGAAAGAUCAGUCUCUCCUGAAAUAAAAAGAGAAGAUACAUAUUUCAAGAAACUGUCAGACUCUAGAGAGAGUGAUUUAGCAUCUAAGGAAAGAUCCCAGUCUCCUGAUCUGAAAAAUGAAGGCAGUCCUUUAAGAAGUAAGUCGUGGUAUAGAGAUAUUAAAGUGACUGUAACUCGAGAACAAUCAAAAUCUCCUGAGAGUAAAGAUGGAGAGUUGCCAGUGAGGAAUGUGUCAUGGUCAAUAGAGAGAAAAGAAUCUAGAGCUAAAGAUAAUUUGCAAUCCACUGAAACAGAAAAUGAAGAUACAUCUGUUAGAAGAAUUUCAUUGUUUAGAGUUGGAAGAGAGUCUGGGACUAGAGCUAGAUCACAGUCCCCUGAAGAAGGUCUUAAAAGUGGGUCAAAAUCUACAGAGGAAAUGGAUUAUAGAGCUAUAGAGAAGUCACACUUUGAUGAAUGUGAAAUUCAAGAAACAUCGCAUUCUCUUGAAGUAAAAAGUGAAGAUAUUCCUGUAAGAAGUGUAAUGUGGUAUAGAGAUAGAAAAGAUUAUGUAACUAGAGAGGGAAUGCAAUCUCCUGAAGUAAAAAGUGAAGAAACUGGUUUAAGAAAUCUGUCUGGAUCUACAGAAGAUAAAACUAAAAUUAGAGAGAGUUCACCAUCACCUGAAGUAAAAAGAGAAGAGCCUCAGUCAAGAAAGUCUAAAUCUAAGAAAAAAUCAAAAAACAGGGAGAAGUCACGAACACCAGAAGUAGAGACUUCCUUUAGUACUGUAACAGGUAUCACAGAAGGAAAUGAGGCCUUAACUGUAGAAAGUUUUAAAUCCCUUGAAGUAAAGCAUGAAGAGAUUCCUUUAAUUGGAGAGUCAGAUUCUAAAGAUGAAACUGAACAUGGAACAACUGAAGAUAAGCAAGUCGGUGAAGAGACUGAUUUGAAGAGCAAGUUAGGGUUCGAUGAUUAUCUAGAGUCUGAAACUUUGGAAAGCACUCACAGUAGUGAAGUAAAAAGUCAAGAUCUUUCAAGAAGUACUCUCUGGAGAGGGGAAGGUGAACCUGGAACCACAGAACAUUUGCAGCCUGCUGAAAUAAAAAGAGAAGAGAUUUCUUUGGGAGUUGCAUUGGAAAUUGGAGAGGGGGAGAAAAGUGAAAUGGCUGAUGAAAUAUCACAAUCUCCUGUAAUGAAAGAUGAGCAGAACAAGUCAGAAGGUGGCAGUGCAUUGGUAGAUGAAAAUAAAUCCCAAAUCAGAGAAGAAUUGGAAUCUUCUGAACUGAAAAAUGAAGAAGAAAGUAUUGCAGAUGAUUUUGAGUGGCUUGAGUUGGAUGUUAUAGAACCAGUACCAUCUCCUGAAAAAUCUAAGAGUGUGUCACUGCAGAAGGAUGCUGUAGUAGUCAACGAGGAUGGAAAAAAUGUUUUAGCAGAAGUGUCGCAUCUAGAUGCACUGAGUGAAACUACUGCAAAUGAUAGUGUUUCAACUGAGGAAAUGUAUUCUAUGGAAUAUGUCCAUACUGAUAUGCAUAUUUCCCCAGAACAUGCAAACGAAGCUUCAUUAAUUAUGCCAGAGAACACAGAGUCCAACAGUGUGCAUGAGAAUGUGGAUUUCAUUUCAUCUGAUGUACCAGAUGAUGAAAUAACUUUUUGUAACAGUAGUAGCAUAGAAGUGGACACUGCGGAAGUUAGUCAAGAAAGGUUAAGUAGUUAUACAUCAUCUCAUGAAUUUCCACAGGACAGCAUUGUUCCACAAAUCCUCAGUUUACCUGAGACAGUAUAUUCCACUGAAGGUAUUGCACCAGAUGGUUCACAUAUUGUCAACAUAUGGCACAGUGAAGAACGAGCAACAGAAGAGCAUGCUGAAGAACAAAGUAUUAUGGAAGAAAUAGAGGGUGACUACGGUGAUUACGGUGAUGAAGAUGCAGCUAAGACUGACCCUGAUUAUAGUACUCAGAUUCCUGGGAUUAAGUCGAAAACGCUUGUGAAGCGGGUUACUUGGAAUUUGCAGGAUGAAGACAAGGAUGAAGAGGAUUCAGAGAAGACUACAAGACUGUCGUUCCAUAAAAGCCAGAGGACGAAAGAAGGUGCCUGGAAAAAUAUGGAACCAAGUCAAAUUUUAAAUCAGGUGCUGUUUAACGAGCCUGCUCCAACCAAUUAUAUGAUUCCUCAUCCUAUGUUUCCUGAUCUAGAUUCUUCUCAGGUUUAUAGCCAGAAUGUACCUUUGGCUCCACUUUUGUCUGCAAGUCUCCCAUCUUGCGUACCAGUUAGUCAGCCCACAGCUGAAUAUAUAAUGCAAGGCAGCCAUCCUUUGGUUGGAACUGUAGCAGGGCAAGUCUUUACCUCAGAGCCAGCUUUUCAGGCUGUUCCUUCUGAACCUGCAGCACAGUCUAUAACAACAGGAGACUUUGAAGCUAAAGUCACAGAAGUGCAUCUGGAGGAAAAAUCAAAGAAUGCAGAAUAUAUGAAAAAGCUUCAGAUACAAGAGAGAGCUGUUGAAGAAGUAAAACUUGCUAUAAAACCCUUUUACCAGAACCGAGAGAUCACCAAAGACGAAUAUAAAGACAUUCUCCGAAAAGCUGUACAAAAGAUUUGUCGUAGCAGAAGUGGAGAAAUCAACCCUGUCAAGGUUGCCAAUCUUGUAAAAGCAUAUGUAGAGAAAUACAAACAUAUGAGGAAAUAUAAAAAAACUGAGACCAGUGAAGAAAGUCAUGAAUGGAGAAUGUAUUCAGAAAAUCCUGAGUACAGUCAAACAGCCUGAGAAAAGGGCAGAUUAAUCUGUGCAGUGUGUUGCAGAGGUGAUCAGAGUUUGACAAGUGCACUUCACAAGGACAGUGUUUUUGCAUCUGAUUGCCAGCACUCGUCCAUAAACUGUUUUGGUCGGUGGCUGCAUAUUUAUGUUGGAAGAGGUAACGCUGUAUUUGUAAACCAGGAUUUUCAAGGAAGUAAACAUUGAAGGUCAUAUUCUCUUAACUUUUGACAUAAGUGACUGCAAAGAAUGAAGCUUCAUGUAUAAAUUGUGAAAUACAAAAUUUUAAAUAGCAUUGUAAACUGUUUCUGUCCUGCUGAAGAGUAAAAUCAGACAAUUUGGAAAUGCUCCUCGUAUUUUUUUCUCACUUAUUACUUUUAAGUGGCCCAAUAUUUGUUAUAAUUUAGCCUAUUUGAUGCUGGGUAAAAACCUUUAAGUACUGUAAUUCAUACUUAGAGUUUCCAGGUUGUAUUUCGUAUAUUUUGAUGACUUAACAUAAAAAUUCAACAACUUGUGCAGACUUAUUAAUUUAAAAUUCUUGGUGACUGUUUGUAUUUCUGUAAAUAACGUGCAGGUUGUUGUUGUGAAGUCAUCUGCCUUGCAAAAUAUCACUGACAAAAUACAUAAAUUUGUAUUAAUAAGUUGAUGGUGGAACUAAAUGUAUAAACAUGUUACAGAAUUUAUAAAGUUAUUUUCAACUAGUUUUAA